AUGCAAAAAUCGAAUUCAAGUCUUUCUUUGCUUCAAGGUCUCAGGAAUAAUGAAUAUUGGGAAAUGCCAUAUAAUAAGUGGGACGUAAACUCCUACAUUAAAUUUUUAACUGAUAAAGAACCUGAGACCUCAAGAAAAAUAUGCAUUGAUACGUUAAACAUUGAGUUGGAAAUCUUGAAGACCAAUUUAAAACCAAAAACGAAAAGGCAUAAUAAAGUCUUAUCGUUAAAACGAAAAAUAAAGAAAAUUGAUGAAAAAGAAAACAUACCUAUUGAAAUAGGCUCUGUUUUGACUUCUACUAAAAAAAGAAAAAUAGAAAUCAAAGAAGAAUACACAAUUUCUAAUAUAUUUAAACAUUUCUCAGAAGUCGAAGUCUAUAAAGAUAUUAAUUUUUAUAUCGCACCUAAGGAGUUGAUUAAUAAUCUUUGUCAAAAGAUUAUAAAUGGACAUUAUAUUUUUGUAGAAGGGCUUCGACAAAGUGGCAAAACCACAUUGAUCACAACCACAGCAAACCUUCUACAGAAAAUAAAAAUUAACGAAGCACAAGCUGACUUUGAAAUUUAUGUCCUCUCCUUUGGUAUCGGGUUAAAAUUUAAAAAUAGUAAAUCAGACUUCUGGAGAUCUGUUUGCAAGUUAAUGCAAACAAAAAAUAGAAGACGAUUUUUCUUUGACAAUUCGAAAGAAGUUAGAAAGGAAGAUUUUCUAAAAUUUUUUGAAAAACAGGAAGAUUACCCAGCCAUAUCAUUUAUCAUCGAUGAAUUUUCUACCCUCACCCACAAAGAGCCCCAAAUUGUAGAAGAAUUUAUCGAUGCUUUAGCGAUCCUUAAAAAUAAAAAAAAAUAUUGUGUACACUCGUUUGUAUUGGUAGGAAUUAAAACUACCAAAAACAUAUUAACUAGAACAAACGUCAUAACUCACAAUAUUUUUUUACCGCACUUUUUUAAUGAAAAAGAAGUAGAAAUACUUCUUAAUGAUUACAACAACUUCUAUGAUCUUAGCAUUGAUACAAAAAAAAUCGCCAAAGAUAUAUUUAAGCGCACUAAUGGAUAUAAAGGCCUUGUGGGUACCUGUUUUAAAGCAAUUGAAACAGAAGUCAUGACAGAUGAGAGUGAAUUAUCAUUGGAUAAUUGGCUAGAAUUUUCAUCAGCAAGACUUAUUAAAUUCGUUAAGGAAAGAAGUGCAUUCAAGUCCAUUAUCAGGAUCGUAAAGAACUUCUCACAAAACCAAAUAAAUAUUAUUGGGAAUGUCCUCCGUUAUGGUUCAUAUACCUACAUGCAUAAAGACGAUCAAGAUGAUACGUUAGAUCCUCUUCUUGCUGAAGGACUGAUUGUUUCUACAGUAAAAAAUGAAGUUUUAGAAUUAGAAUGUUCUUCACCGAUUCUCCGCAGUGCAAUGCUUUCAAUGAUAAGUGGACCAGAAAUAGAAUUCAUAAGCCCACCAUUAUGUACGAGAAAGGUUGAUACUAGAUGGUUAAUAGAAAAUGUUGUACAGCACAUCGCUGUACAACAUGUGUUUAUUCAACAGGCCCUUAAUAUUGACAACAAUCCAUCCGAAUAUGCGUUUCAGGCUGAAUUUACUAGUAUCUUAAAAUAUUUGCUGUCUACAGUAUAUCCAGACUUGCAAUAUAGGGUUAUUGUAGAAGCAAAAGAUAAGGAUGCAAGUGAGAAUCGAUUGAAACGCUUGGACAUUUUUAUGAGAGGUCACAACCAGCCAUCUUAUGGAUUUGAAUUGACAAAGGAAGCAGGCAAAAAGAAAUUUGAUGAGCAUGUAGAUCGUGCUUGCUGCUAUCGCGAUCUACAUAAAUGCCAUAUGUAUAUGAUUAAUCUCUGCACAAGUGAUAAGUUGUCUGAUUAUUUUGGAUCAAAGUUUUCAGACGUAACUCCUGUACAUGUUCUAUAUGACAUUAACAGAGGAAUAGCAGACAUCAUAUAUGAAGACCAUAAAAAAUUGGUGCCAAUAGAACGGUCUUCAUGGAAAAUAAUGCUCGAUUAA